UUGAGUGGUAUGUAUGUAAACUUCCAUAUAUAGUUUUGCAUAAAGUCUAUAAAUGCAGAAGAAGAAAGAAGAGUCUGAAGAGCGUACCUUGCAGAGAUGACUGCUGCAGUGAAAAGAGAAGCUAAGCAAGAAGAAGAUGGAGCAGUUGCAGAAACUGAAGCUGAUCCGAAAGGGAAGAAAUUAUCGUGGGGAAAGCUUCGUGGAAUCGACUCGUUUAAUUUUGAGGCUGGAAGAAUCCCAAAUAUUCAUGAUCAUGGCAUCAAGGUGGGAUGGACAAGCACAUUUAGUUUGGCAUUCCAGAGCAUAGGGGUGGUGUAUGGAGACAUAGGCACUUCACCUCUCUAUGUAUAUUCAAGCACCUUUAUUGAUGGAAUUAAGGAAAAAGAUGACAUAUUGGGGGUUCUAUCCCUUAUUCUUUAUACCUUAAUAAUCAUACCCUUGAUCAAAUAUGUUUUCAUUGUGCUGUGGGCAAAUGAUGAUGGUGAUGGAGGGACAUUUGCUCUUUACUCCCUGAUAUCUCGGCAUGUAAAGAUCAGCUUGAUACCAAACCAGCAGGCUGAAGAUGCAAUGCUUUCAAACUACAGAUUAGAAACACCAUCCAAGAGUUUAAAAAGAGCUCAAUGGAUUAAAAAUAAGCUGGAGAGCCGCAAAUCGCUGCAAAUUGGGCUUUUACUUAUCACAAUACUCGCAACAUCGAUGAUAAUUGGUGACGGUGUAUUGACUCCAGCUAUUUCUGUACUUUCAGCAGUGAGUGGGAUAAAGGAGAAAGCAACGUCUCUGUCACAAGGACAAAUUGCUUUGAUCUCCAUCGUUAUCUUGGUGCUUGUGUUCUCCGUUCAACGUUUCGGCACGGAUAAAGUUGGAUACACAUUCGCACCUAUCAUUGUUCUGUGGUUUAGUCUAAUUGGUGGAAUUGGGGUCUAUAAUUUAGUUAAAUAUGAUGUUCGGGUUCUUCGGGCAUUCAACCCGAAGUAUAUUGUUGACUAUUUCAGAAGAAAUGGAAAAAAAGCAUGGACCUCUCUAGGGGGUAUUGUGUUAUGCAUUACAGGAACUGAAGCCAUGUUUGCUGAUCUCAGUCACUUCAGCGUUAGAGCAAUUCAGAUUAGCUUUACCGCAGUUUUGUUUCCAGCAGUAUCAUUGGCCUACAUUGGACAAGCUUCAUAUCUAACCAAAUUUCCAGAAGAAGUUCAUGACACUUUCUAUAAAUCAAUUCCAGGCCCACUAUUCUGGCCAAGUUUUAUAAUUGCAAUUGCAGCUGCAAUAAUUGCAAGCCAGGCCAUGAUAUCCGGAGCAUUCUCAAUUAUUCAACAAUCUCAAGGUCUAUCUUGCUUUCCAAGAGUAAGAGUUGUUCAUACUUCUGCAGAGUAUGAGGGGCAAGUAUACAUUCCAGAGAUAAAUUAUGCGCUAAUGGUUGCCAGUGUGUUGGUGACUGGGAUUUUCAGAAGCACAACGCACAUUGGAAAUGCAUAUGGAAUUGCAGUAGUUUCCGUUAUGCUAAUAACAACCGCAUUGGUGACACUGGUAAUGCUUCUAAUCUGGAAGACAAGCAUAUGGUGGAUUUCAUUGUUUGUGAUAACUGUAGGUGGAGUGGAAGCCAUAUAUUUAUCUGCAGUUCUAUCCAAGUUUGUGAAAGGGGGCUUUCUUCCUCUAGCUUUUGCGUUUUUUCUAAUGGUGAUAAUGGGAAUAUGGCAUUAUGUUCAUGUCCAGCACUACAAAUUUGAACUGGAGAACAAAGUUUCAAGUAAUUUCAUACAAGAUUUAGCUUCUGAUAGAAGCAUAACAAGAAUACCUGGAAUCGGGCUUCUGUACUCAGAGCUUGUCCAAGGAAUCCCGCCGAUAUUCCGUCAGUUCAUCGACAAGAUACCUUCCAUCCACUCCGUCUUCGUCUUCGUUUCAGUGAAACAUAUUCCGAUCAGUAAAGUGGAACCCCACGAACGUUUCCUCUUCCGUCAACUUGAGCCGAGAGAGUUCAGGCUGUUCAAAUGCGUGGUGCGUUAUGGUUACAGAGAUGCCAAAGAGACGGCCAUGGACUUCGAGAAAUCACUCAUCAAACAACUAAAGGAAUUCGUCUACCAUGAAUUCUUCAUUCGAGAGGGCAAUCAGUCAUUCCCAAACUGUCAGUUGGAAGAACCGGGAACCGAAACAACAGAAACCAAUCGGAGGAUAGCACGAAUGGCACCAGAUGAAACCCUAAAACCACAAGGCUCGGCUGGUAGCGAUUCAUCAGGAUCAAUACGUCCUGCUAACAGUAACCGAUCGGGAAACUCUUCAGGAAUCAGAGCUGCAGCGCUGAUCCCGGCAAUUGAGGAGGAGAAACAGUUCAUUCAGAAGGAGAUGGAGAGGGGGGUGGUGUAUCUGCUCGGAGAAACGGAAAUGGUGGCGAAGCCGAGUUCUUCCAUCAUCAAAAGAGCGGUAGUGAACAAUAUGUAUCAGUUUAUUAAGAGGAACUUCAGGCAGGGAGAUGAGGCCAUGUCCAUUCCUAAGUCUAGGCUGCUCAAGGUUGGAGUGACAUAUGAGAUAUAGAGAACACUUUGAUGCCUCCUCCUUCUUUAGAUCCAAGAAAUAUUACGUGCGGAUAAGAUAGAUAAAUAUGAAUAUGUAUGAAUUUGAUGAUAUCAUAGUAGUAUUCAUCAUAAU